AUGAGCACAAUCAAAGCCGGAGAAAAUACGGAGACAGACAGAUUUAAGAAGUGGAAGAUGGCAUACGCGGCGCGGAUGAGGCAGAUUGUACCUGGACUCGUCCUCGGAAAUGUCGAGGCAUCACACAAAUGGGAAAUGCUUCAAGAAAAUCGCAUUAACUCAAUCGUUUCACUUACUGAUGCUCGGUGGGUGUGGUGGAGCAGCACUACGAGACAGGCGGGCAUUCCGGCAGACCGUCACAAAUGA